AGUCUAAGGUGAGAGCUGGAUUCUAAAAAUUUACUUAUAGUAUAGAUCGCAUGAUAUCUAGAAAACAAUGGGAAAGUAAGGUAUAAGACUCUUAUCGCUUUUCAAGAGAUUGAUUAUCCAUGGACGUCAAGGAAGAGAAACCGAUGGAGAAGACGAUCCCUGUGUUCACCGUGCUGAAAAAGGGAGCGAUUCUCAUGGUCCUCUUCGUGACCAACAGUCGCAGCGAGGAAGAACAGAUUCUGCAGGUGGGUCGACAUCCAUGCUGCGACAUUCCGCUGACGCACCGUAGUAUUAGCAGUUACCACAUGCAGAUCCGAUCUCUUCCCUCUGAUCAGAAACUAUUCGUCACCGAUCUAUCCUCUCGGCAUGGGACAUGGGUUAGGGAUCAUAAAGUUGAGCCAGAUGCGUGUGUUGAGGUGAAGGAAGGUGAUGUCAUUAGAAUCGGUUGUUCAACAAGGCAAUAUAGACUGAACUGGAUUCCCGUUAGCCUUGCAUACGCCAAGGACAAUCUACUUUUGGAUAGAAUGAUUGAAGCACACAAUCAAAAGUCACAAACGGAUACUGCCGAUGGACAUCUGGAUGUGACUUAUGGAUCAUCAGUCUCUAGUGAUGAUGAGGAUACAAGGGACCUUUCAUUGCCGGAUGAAGAUUUUCACACUUUAUCAAAGGUGAAGAAUGAGCCGCUGACACCAAAGAAGAAAUCCCCUGCUUCAGCAAGAAACACCAUAUCUAAUUUGAUUUUCCUUGAUCUUUGUGUACAUCUUAUAAUAACCAUAAGUGUCACUGUGUUUUACAAGAUUAAAUGGACCAUUGUGUUGGACACUUCUUCCCUCCUCGACAAGGAGUCUAGGCAGCCACUGCACUUGCUGCAAGGUCUUAAAGGGACACAUCUGGUCGUACCUCGAACAGUGUUAAGGGAAUUAAAUGACACUAAGAGCACUUGGAGUCUUCUCUUUAGACGAAGAGCAGAGAUUGCUUCCUCAGCUCUGGACUGGAUCCAAGAGUGUAUAGUUGAUACCAAAUGGUGGAUUCAGCUCCAAAGCCUUUCAGAGGAAACCAAAGCCACUCCUCAGUCUAAUGGAUCUACAUCAGAAGAUCAAGUUCUCGAAUGUGCACUUCUUUAUCGAAACCGUAACAUCUCUGAAAAACUCGUUCUUCUUAGCAACGAUGUAACUCUCAAGAUCAAAGCUAUGGCAGAGGUAAAAUCUAUGAACAAGAUUCGGUGUUUAAUUGUGGAAUUGCAUUUGUCUUCCAAUUAAUUAUGAUAACACUUUGUGAAAUGUUGACAUGCAUGGAAACUACGGCUUGUGUAGUCCUUGAUUUGUGUUCUAUAUCUUUCGUUUAACAAAGUUAAUUGAGCUUUGAGUGUGGAGCUAAUAUCAUCAACAAAUUGACCUUCU